UAUUGUUGUAAAAGCGUUUUAAAAAGUCAUCAUCUGAGGAGGAAACAUGAUGUCUUCUCCAUACAUGACGUUUUGUCUGGGUUUUCUUGUUAUGUGCUCAGGUAUUGCAUCAGCAGUGAGGAGUGAAUAUAUGACAGUUUGGGUCGACCGAGAUAACCCAUCAGGCAAUGGCGAUUCAGAGACAAGACAAGAUUUUGGAAAGCAUUUGGAUCCAUGUCCGUAUCCCAACGGAAUCGAAUGCCAAACUACGAGCGGUGAGUCGUAUGAUAAAACCGAGCAGAAGUUUGAAAAAGGAUAUGAAUGCACUCUCAUGCUUGGACUUGUAUGCUUGAAUUCAAGAAAUAGACCUGGCUGUGAGGACUAUCAAACAAGAUAUCGUUGCAAUACAGGCGGGAAGUCUAACCCAUGUACGAAGAACAAUGGCUUGUGUACUCAUCAAUGUUAUUAUAGAAUUGGCUCUACCGAUGGAGGUCAGCCGCGGUGUAGUUGCUACCCUGGGUACAAACUGAUGAGCGACCAUAAAACUUGUAGCGAGCCUCUUAGGUGUUUUGAGUGCAAUAGUAUUAAUGAUCCAACAAAAUGUGGUCAAAUAACCAAGACGGAUGAUAAAAUAUUACAGUUACCAUGUAAUACUAUGUGCUACACAGCAAAAGACUGGAACGGUAGGUAUUACCGAGGUUGUGCCGAAACAAAUCCCAAGUACCCUAAUAGACUUGUCUUCAGCGAUUCGCCAAGCGGAGCCUACAACCCCUAUAGACCUCCGAGUAAGCCAGGGUAUGAUUCGUGGCAUCAUCCAUACACGUUACGAUCAAAACCUGAUGUACAAUACACUUACUGCUCCGGUGAUCUUUGUAAUGGAAAUGGUGGAAAAGCAAAGAUCAUCAAAGGAUAUGGCACGCUAACUUCUCAAAAUUUUGGCGGUAACCUGAAGUACGACAACAACAUCCAGACCACCUACGUGAUCUAUGCAAAUCACCGUAUGAAAGUCACCUUCUCACAUUUUAAUAUAGAGGCUCACAGAUUCUGUGUAUAUGAUAGCCUUACUCUUCGUAAUGGUGAACAGUACAGCUCUCCACUCAUUGGUUAUUACUGUGACAGCAAAAAACCACCAAGCGUUAUCGUGACACCAGGAACAACCCUUUCUGUGUAUUUCAAAACGGAUGGCUCGGUUCAACGGUCUGGAUUUAAAAUGAGUUGGACCAAGAAUUAA